AUGGACAUGGGUCGGAGUGGCCGCUUCCUGACCCAGGCUCCUGGGGCUGGCAGGGUACGAGGUGCGCUGCUGAGCCCGGGCCUCGCCCUCCUGCUCUUCCUCACCGCCUGCCACUCCCACCACCGGGGUGACGGCUCCCUGCAGGGAGGACUGAACGCUGGAGGGGCUGACCUGUGGGCCAGGGUCAACUCCUCCCUCCUGCAAGGCCUCUGGUGCCAGCCAGGCAGCCAGCCGGCCCGGGACCAGCUCUCGGCUCUGAUCAGGAGUUUGGCCGCCGUGCCACGGGUCCCACUCAAAGCCUGGCAGGAAGUUCCUUUCAGAGCGGGCUGGGGGAAAGGCCAGGGACAGGCCUCUCCUCAGGGACAAGACCUGGCGGGGCUUCCGGGAGACAGCUGUCUCAGUUCACAUGUGUCUGGCUGGUGCAGGCUCAGCUGCUUGGCCAGCCUCGCGGCCCGGCACGGCCUCCAGGAGGACUUCCCACUGCACCCGCCAGACCUGCUGCUCUUCUACGACCUGGCCCAGGUGCCAAAGGCCGAUUGCCAGGCCUUCAUCCAACGCGCCGCCCAGGGGGACACGGAGCUGCUGGCCAACCUGCCUGACCAGAGGGUCGCCCUGCGGCACAUGGCCUUCUCCUGUCUGGGGGCGCCCCGUCCACAGCUCAGCGCCUCCGACCUGCUGCUCCUCGGGGUCCUGGUGUGUGACCUGGACGCGGCGAACAUCACCACUGCGGACCCCCAAGUGCUGCAGAACCUGCGCCGCUGCCCCCGGCUGACCGCUGCCCAGAAGGCCGCCCUCAACACUCUCCUGGCCAGUGGGAGGACCCAGCUCGGGGGCCCUGGCUCCUGGACGCUGGAGGGGCUGCAGACCCUGGGGCCCCUGGCUGCCCACAUCAGCACCCGCCUGUGGAUGCAAGUGCCAGAGGCUGUGGGCCUGGACUUCUUCUGCAGCGUGGUGGCCGCGUACCGGGCCCAACGGCUGGGCUGGAGCAACAUCAGGUGCUUUGUCACCAGCUUCCUGGAAUCAAACAUCAAGCCAGCAACUGCAAGUCUCAGGCAGGCCCCAGGGACAGCCUGUGUCCACGGUGCCAUCACUGCAGCCACGCUGCGGGACGACCUGUUCCUGGUGCGCUACGACUGCGCUGAGCUGGACAUCUGUCUGGACAACCACGUGCUCGGGGCCCUCCUGGAGCCCCUGCUGCAGCACCCGCUGCCCGCCGAAUGCCAGCAAGUCGUCAAGGCCAAGCUCGCUCAGCUCUACCCCCGCGGCGUCCCCGAGAGCCAGCUGCGCCUCAUCACCUCACUGGUCUACCUCUACUCCCGCGCCGAGAUCGGCCAGUGGAGCAUCACGUCCCGGGACACUCUGGUCGCCCUGCUGGCCCCCAACGUGGCCCUGGAGAACCAGACCGAGGUGGUCCUGCAGAAGUUCCUAGACCACAACGGCACGGUCACCGGGGCCCUGCUGGUGGCCAUCGGGGGUUCCCGCCUCUGCUGGAUGGGCCCCCAGCAGGUCCAGGCCAUUCGACCCUCAGAGUUCCGGCUGGCCGGGGCCCUGGACAUCUCCGCGUGCCCACAGAGCCGGAAGGACGUGCUCUACGCCAAGGCCCGGGAGGCCUUCGGCAGCAUCAGGACCACAGCCGCCUACUACCGCCUCAUGCGCCCCUACCUCGGUGGUGCCCCCGUGGAGGAGCUGCGGCAGCUGGCCCAGGCCAACGUCUCCAUGGACAUCGACACCUUCACCAGCCUGAACCCCCACGUGCUGCAGAACCUGAGCGUGGGCAGCGUGGCCACACUGCUGGGCCCAAACGUGGGAGACCUGCAGAAGGCCCGCAGCCACCCAGCCGUCAGCUCCUGGCUACGCAGCCUCGACAGCUCGGCCCUGGGUGAGCUGGGCCUGGACACCGAGCUGGCCCACCCUGCCCGCCCGGCGCCCCCCUCCUACACGCCCCCCAGCAACAGCCCUGUGGAGCCCCAACUAGCCCACACCUCAGGCCUGCCAGGGAGCAACACUGCCGUGCCCACCUCUAGUAAGGCCCUCACCCUCUCGUCCCCAGCGGGCACCCCUGCCACGGCCCCCGUGGGCCCCCAGCUGCCCAUGCUCUCAGCCAGCCAGCCUCUGGCAGUGCUGACACCCCCUCCCCGUGUCUCACCUGCAGGCAGCCCUCCGGUCCCCCUGGCCAGCCUGACUCUGGCUGUAGUCCUGCUCUCUGGCCUCCUGUGGCUGCUGCGUGGAGGCAGCUCAGGGCCCCACCUGGACUGCUCCCAAAGUUCACACCACAGCCCAUGCAGACAGGACUGCCCCUGGGCAGCCACGGGCACCAUGUGCAGGAACCUAGGGGCUACUCACUGGAGCCAGAGGCCUGCCCAGGCCAAGGCUCGGGCCUGAAGCACAGAGCACCUCCUUGUUCCUACGGCCUAGAGGCCUGCAGGGCCAGCCCUCAGCCACACCCAGCUUCCAGGCCUUUGCCGUGAGGAGCAGCCCAGCCAGCAGGUGUGCCCCACCCUCAGCCUCCUCGGGAGACCUGGUGCUGGAGUGGCACCUCCCUGCCAGCCCUCGCGGCGAGCCAGAAUAAAGGAAGCAAUGGUC